CAUGUGUUUCCGCCUAAAACUAUACAAUGAUUUUGUGAAGAAUCCGUGGAUUUUUGUCUUGUAAACUUUGAAUUUCUCGAGGACUGAGGGUGUAUAGAGUUUUACGUAGUGCACGUAGUGAUGAUUAGUAGUAAUAAAGACGAAAUUAAGAAGAUUGAACGUUAUGACUUGAUUUCUGCACUACAGACGCCACAGUAAAACUCUACCCCAACGAACGUCCGAACGAUUACAAGCAUGGACCCGAUGGAUCCACACAAUCCGGCCCUUGACGCCUUACUCCAAGCAGCAGAAAGACAUCGACGAGAUAAUGAAAGAUACCUGCUGGAGGCAGAAAACAAACAUCUACGCGAGCAGCUCAGGAGGACGACGGCUAGUUUUGCAACUAGCACUCCGUGCGCAACACACCCUGCUUCUGCAUCUAGCUCGAGUUGUGUUGAGAACUCUUUGGCUGACGCGCUGGCAAAACUCGCUGAUAGUAUAACGAAAAAGGACAGGUUGCCUAAGAAGGAACCAGCAAUAUUCACCGGUAGUGUGUUCGAAUAUCCGGUGUGGAAAAACUCGUUCAAGGUGCUAGUUGAAGAUAGUUACCCGGACUUUACUGACAGAUUAUAUUAUCUCGGCAAGUAUACGGCCGGAGACGCGAAAGAUUGCAUCAAAGGAAUGCUUGCAAUCAACAGUGAAGGUUCCUACCAGAAGGCUCGUAGCGUGCUUGAUGAGCGAUUUGGAGACAAGUUUCGGUUAGCCCGUUCCUUCCGGGACAAGAUUGACGCCUUACCAGAUGUCAAGCCUGGUGAUGGCAAAGGCCUUGAGAAGCUUGCCGACUUCAUGGCUCAGUGCAACACAGCGAUUGGUGAAUUGUCUCACCUUGGGGUCCUGAAUGAUCCUGAGGAGUACGAGAAGAUUUUGCGCAAACUACCUAGAUACCUACAGCAGAGGUGGUUCGUAGAAGUCGACAAAUGGCUCUAUGGACCCGGUGACAUUCAGAACAGUUCGGGCGGUCCACCGCGGUGCCAUGAUAAUUAUCCGCCUUUCUCCGUCUUCUGUGCCUUUGUACAAAGGCAGGCACGCAUCGCUAGAAAUCCAAUGGCUGAGCGGUGUGCUGAUUCCAGGAGUAAGCAGCCCAGUGACACUCGCAGUUCCAAGAUCAAGGACUCGUAUCCUAAAAGGUCCCCAUCGCAGAUCAGCAGCCUCGUCACCAGUGGUACCCCUGUUACCACUAAUAAUGCCAGUAGUGAUGCCGGGGGUGUGACAAGGAAAGCAACGUGUGCCUAUUGUAAGAAGGCCCACAGGCUUCAUGCCUGUAGUGAGUUCGUGAAACUGAACGUCCCCGACAGAGCCAGUUUUGUAAAGAGGAACGGCCUAUGUCUAGGCUGUCUCGGCUGGGGCCAUAUGAAGAGAGACUGUAAGUACAAGAAAACUUGUGAUACCUGCAAGGCCAUACACCCGACCAUUCUGCAUGAUCCUGGCUUCAGGCCGCGCGAUAGGAACCACCCCAGGAACGACAACAAAGACAACAAAGAUACGGCACAAGACCAGGACAACGGCGUACCGAAGGACGAUAGUUCUACCCCACCCCAGGUCACAACCCACUUCAUUGGAGCAGACUCCGGAGAAUGUACCAGCUUGAUAGUCCCUGUGACUCUGCGUCACAGGGAUAACGUGAACGAAACAACCAUCGUGUACGCCCUACUUGACGAGCAGUCCGAUGGUUGUUUCGUGAUCGAUUCUGUUCUAGACAAGAUAGGGGUAGAGGGCGAACCCUACUCCUUGAGGUUGGCUACCAUGACAUCCAAUACUACUGUUGAAUGUAGGCAGGUUCGUGGCCUUGUGGUUAAAGGUCUUUAUGAGUCACAGAGUUUUGACAUGCCCGUAUGUUACACCAGGGGAGGCAUCCCAGCCAAGCCUAGCCAAGUUCCUAGACCAGAGAAUGUUCGGCAGUGGUCCCACUUAGAGCCAGUCCAUGGCAAGUUAGCUCCCUUCUUUGCCGAUGUUGAGAUAGGACUUCUGAUUGGACUGUCUUGUCUGCAGGCCAUAAAGCCUCUGGAAGUCCUACCUGGCAAAGAGGAUGACCCUUAUGGUGUACGUACUGCACUUGGCUGGGGCGUGGUUGGAAUGUCUCCUCAGGGUUCAAGGCCACAACAGCGCCAUCACUUUUCAUUUAGAACACAGAUCACGGAGGUAACCCCUCAAGCUGUCAUGAAUAUGUUUGAUGUAGAAUUUGUUGAAAGGUCAGGUAGUGAGGAGGGAGUUGGCCUCUCAGUUGAAGAUCGCAAGUUUCUGCAGAUACUAGGGUCACAAAUUCGUCAACUUGACGACGGUCACUAUGAGUUACCACUCCCAUUCCGCGAUGAGAAUGUAAGGUUACCCAACAAUAGAGCCCAAGCUUUGAAGCGUCUGUCCAGCUUAAAACACAAGAUGGAGAAAAAUCCUCAAUUCAAGGAGGAUUAUCUUCAGUACAUGAAGGAAAUGAUUGAAAAGGGUUUCUGUGAGCGAGUGCCAGAAAAUGAGAGCUGUCCCGAAGGCUCGGUUUGGUAUUUGAGUCAUCAUGGGGUCUACCACCCAAACAAACCUGGACGUAUCCGGGUGGUAUUCGAUUGUAGCGCCGAGUUUCAGGGCGAGGUUCUUAACGAGCAUUUGCUCCAGGGUCCAGACCUAACCAACAACUUGGUAGGGGUCCUUUUGCGUUUCCGCAAAGAGUCUGUAGCUGUAGUCUGCGACGUGCAGUCAUUUUUCAAUAUGGUCAUGGUGAAGAAGGAGCACAGGAAUUUUCUCAGAUUCCUUUGGUAUGAGGAUGGCAAGCUGGUGGAGUAUCGCAUGACGAGACAUCUCUUUGGGGCUCGAUCUUCGCCAGGCUGUGCCACCUUCGCACUGAGGGCCAAUGCUGACAAGUAUGAAUCUGAGUGUGGGUCAAAGGCGGCUGAGUUUGUCCGUGCUGGGUUCUAUUGCGACGACGGAUUGUCGGCUGAGAAAACUACUGAUGAUGGAAAGGACCUAGCAUGUGGCAGUAGGAAACUUUGCAAGAAGGGUGAAUUCACACUGAGAAGCUACUUAAGCAACGAUAGGGAAGUUAUGAUGGCUGUACCAUUGGAGGCUAGGGCUAAGGGUGUGCAGGAGUUGAAUCUCUUGUCAGAAAACUUGCCUACAGAGAGGACCCUGGGCCUUCAGUGGUGCACGCAAUCAGAUUCCUUCCAGUUCAAAGUGGUCAUGCGGGAAAAGCCUGUAACUAGACGUGGAAUAUUGUCCACAGUGAGUUCGAUUUUUGACCCACUUGGCCUGAUUGCUCCCUUCAUACUGACAGGACGUCGCAUUCUGCAGAAUUUGUGCAAUGGCAAGCUACAUUGGGACGACCCUGUCCCACCUGAAAUUAAUGUACAGUGGGAAAAAUGGUGCUCAGAGGUGUCAAACUUGGCGAAUAUUGAGAUCCCACGCUGUUACCACCCUAGAGUGUUUGGUGAGGUUGUCUCAGUACAACUGCAUCAUUUCAGUGAUGCAAGUUUGGAACCUGGUGGGCUGGGCCAGUGUAGCUACUUGAAACUCACAGAUGACAAGGGAAAUGUUAGUGUCUCGCUUGUUAUGGGAAAGUCGCGCGUAACUCCUCUAAAACCGAUCACAGUGCCUAGGCUAGAGUUGUCCGCCGCAGUUGUGUCAGUUCGAGUGGGUGAAUUCCUAGAGAGGGAGUUGAAGUACGAGGGCAUAGAGCAUUUUUACUAUACAGAUAGUAAGGUGGUUCUCGGAUACAUUGCUAAUGAAACGCGCCGCUUUCACAUAUUCGUGGCUAACAGAGUUGAGAGGAUUCGGAAAUCCACCACACCAGAUCAGUGGCAUCAUGUCGAUACGAGUGUCAACCCGGCAGACAUAGCGUCUCGUGGAAUGUCAGCCCGUGACCUACUCGGAGCCAAGUCCUGGUGGGAAGGUCCAGACUUCUUGAGGAAGGAAAAGGUUCCCGUCCCCUUGUCUGAAGACGACGUACAGACGAUCGAUGAUGACCCAGAGGUCCGGAAAACUGUCCGAGUGUUAGACACCAAGAUCGUACCCUUUGGCAAGAUGUCCGAGAGAUUCGAGGGUUUCUCAUCCUGGUAUCGCUUGAAGAGGGCCGUCGCCUGCUGCCUGAAGUACAAGGACAUACUUCGUGAGAGGGUUGCAAAGGGAACUGGUGCCAAGGAAAAGAAGCUAGAUGUCGAGGACCUCCAGCGAGCAGAGACGGCCAUCCUCCAGGCUGUUCAGAUGGAGUCUUUUGAUGGAAAAAGGAGGAACCUACAGCCUUUGGACCCGAUUGAGGACGAGGAUGGCUUGCUACGUGUCGGUGGUCGCUUUGCCGUAGAUUAA